UGUAUAAAAGUACUUAAAAUAUAAAUGUAUGUGUAUGUAUUUAUAAAUAUAUGACGGUGUGUAUUUGUGUGGAGUAAAAUAUAGACUGACAUAAAUAUAAAAUAAAAUAUAUGAAAAUAAUAAAAUAGUUUUAAUUAAUCAGUUGAUUAAUAAGUGAUAAUUAAUUUGCAAAGUAAAAUUUGAAGAUAUACAAGUAAAUAAUUUGAAAAUGACAACUGAAGAAACGUCGUGGCGGACCCAGACUUUCCGUCAGAGUGUUAUCACUAAAAUCGAUGAAGCGAUACAGAAAAGCGGUAUGCCGACCGCGAAAAAUAGCAUUGAGAUGGAGAAUCAUGUUUUUCAAAAAGCCAAAACAAAGGAAGAGUACCUGGGAUUUGUUGCCAGACUAAUUUUACAUGUCAGAGAGAUGAACUCGAGAAAAAAUGCAGCAGGAGUAGCCGCAGCUGGAGGUGUCGCACCUGGAACACAGGGAAUGCAAGAUCCGAUUGGAGCACUACAGACACUGGCGAGACAAGGAACUGGAAAUAAUCAAGUGAUGAGUAUGGCUGGUGGUGGACCUAAUCCACAGGGAAUGGUCCCACAGCAGUCUGCUAACGCUGCCAGUAAUCUCCUCCAGAGUUUGAACCAACGACCUGGUGGCCCGGCGGUGGGAAUGAACAUGCAGAAUAUGCAGAACAAGAUGCCGGGAAUGGGAAUGAUGGGUGGCCAGGGCGCUGGCACGAUGGGACACAUGGGACAAAUGCAGGGCAUGCAGAAUGCGCAGAUGAUUAAUCAAAUGGGUCAGAUGUCGGCGGGAAAUAUUAAUCAGCAGAUGAAUCAAAUGGGUCAGGCUCAGAUGGUUAAUCAGAUGGGCCCAGGACAAAUGGUUGUUGGACAAAUGCAACAAAAUAUUACUAAUCAAAUGCCGGGACAGAUGCAGGCGCAAAUGGGGAAUCAAAUUGGCGGACCGAUGAACGCUGGAAUGCAACCUGGGCCGCAGACAAUUAACCAAAUGGGGCCUGGACAAAUGGCGCAGCAAAUGGGACACAUCCAAAGGAAACCUGUGGAGAUGAUGAAUGCUGGAUUUCCUGGGCCGAGAAAUGUGACACCCAAUCAGUUUUUGAGACAAAGUCCCUCGCCGUCGGCUCCGAGUCCCGCGAGUCUGGGAGCACCGUUGAGCAAUCAGAUGGUUCCUUCACCGGCUCUUGUUCCCUCGCCUAGUCCCCAGCAUCCUAUGAUGGCUGGUCAGCGAUCUAUCGGCAUGGCACCUUCGCCGAGCAGUUCUUUGAAUACCCCGGCGAGUAUGGGAGCUACGUCGAGUCCGCAAGAGAAUCAAGCGUACAGAGAAAAAGUAAGGCAGCUUAGUAAAUAUAUUGAUCCGUUGAGGAGAGUGAUUACCAAAAUGGGAAGUGACGGAAAUACUGAUAAAAUGAGUAAGAUGAAGAAGUUACUGGAGAUCUUGUCAAAUCCUGCAAAAACAGUUCCAUUGGAGACGAUAAUUAAGUGUGAGGUCGUGCUGGAGAAGAUGGAUUUCAAGCGCGGAGAAGGAAGUGUCGGCCCAGUGGUAACGUCUAUGAAAGAGCACCACAUUUUUACACCGCUUCUCGAAGCCGUGAGAGCGAACCUCCAGAGCCCAAUGGCCAACCACACGCUCCAGAGAACUUUUGGGCCCUGCUUAGAAGCUCUCUUUGGCCCGGAAAUAAAAAAUUUACCUCCGCCUUUAAAGAAACAAAAGGUCGAAGAGUCCGUCAGCGAGAUCCCAGAUGUUCUUCAAGGAGAGAUAGCCCGCUUGGACCAAAGAUUCAAGGUGAGUCUGGACCCAGCUCAGCAGAAUGGCUCCAAGUGCAUCCAAUUGAUCUGCUGGCUCGACGACCGACACCUUCCCUGCGUUCCUCCCGUCUCAGUGUCGGUGCCCUCUGAUUACCCGCUGACGCCUCCUCGAUGUGUGAUGGCCCCCCACGAGUACACGACCGCGUUCCUCAGCGCCGUCCAGAAAGCCCUCACUGCCAGAAUAACAAAAUUACCGCGACGCUUCUCCGUCUCGCAGCUUCUCGAUACCUGGGAAAUGAGCGUCCGACAAGCCAGCGCUCCCACCCAAACUCCCAUCGCUGCCAACACUGAAAUAAUCGGUUUAUAAUCUCAUUUUUCUCAUUAUCACCAUCACCAUCACCACUCUAAUUACAAUUUAGAUAAUUAUUUAUAUACUUAACAUACAAUAGAUCAAUUUUACUUCAACCUCGAAUCUCAUUUUCAAUCAAAGUUUUGUUUAUAUUCAAUCAAUUCAUUUAAAAAAAUUUAUUUUCCGUUUUUUUUUUUUAUUUAUUUACAUCUCAUCCGAAAAUGCUCAAUUAGCAAAUUAUAAAUUAGUAAUGAAUUUAUAAACUAUUUAUUUAAUUUAUUGUUCAAAUAAUCCAAAAAUUAAUAAUUGUAUUUAAUAUUUAUUUGUUUUAUGUAAAAUAAUUUGUACAUUACCA